AUUCAUGCAGCUGAGAUAAAGGUUGUGUGAGCCAUGCUAAAAUUAGGCAUUAUAUCCUGUUUCUAGGGGGGUAUAACAAAAUAUUUUUGACUACUUUUUAAAAAUAUUUGCUGUUAAAUUCCAGCAAUGUUGCUAGAAUCUUGACCGUGACAGGACAGAUCGAAAAAAAGUGAAAACAGGAAAUAUGUUAAUUACUUGUCCAAAUCCCAAGGUUAGAUAUUAAAAUAUUAUCGCCACUUAAACGCCGUUCAUUAUGAGCAGGAGUUGCAGCUGAGAAACAUUUUUUAAAUUGCUUAAUGGGCAAAGAAUUUUUAUAUGUUAAUGCUAUUGGCAUAAAAUAGCUUAGCUAUAUGAAAGAACAUUGAAACACGUUUGCAAUGCAUCCCAUGGACAACGACAAGAAACGAUGGGAACCUGAGGUCGCGCUCAGUAAUCAUCUUACUAAAAAAGAUUACAAAACAGUAAAGAAAAUCGGAGAAGGGACAUUUUCUGAAGUGGUGAGGGUACAAAACCUCAAGGAUGGAAAAUACUAUGCCUGUAAAACGAUGAAACAGAGCGUUAACAGCCUUGAACAGGCACACAACUUCCGUGAGGUCCAAGCAAUGAAAAUACUGAGUCCACACCCUAACAUACUGCAGCUUCAUGAACUAAUAUUUGACCAGGAUACAAGGACCCUGUCAUUGAUAUGUGAACUAAUGGAGAUGAACAUAUAUGAAUUGAUUAGAGGCAGGCAGGUUCCCUUAGCUGAAAACAAAGUGAAACACUACAUCUACCAGCUUUGUAAAGCUCUGGAUCAUAUGCACAGCAAUGGAAUUUUCCACAGAGAUGUGAAACCAGAGAAUAUUUUGAUCAAACAUGAUGUCCUGAAGCUGGCAGACUUUGGCUCCUGCAGGAGUGUGUAUUCCAAGCCCCCUCACACAGAAUACAUCUCUACCCGGUGGUACCGUGCCCCAGAAUGUCUACUUACAGAUGGUUACUACUCACUCAAAAUGGACAUGUGGAGUGCAGGCUGUGUGUUCUUUGAAAUCAUCAGCUUGAGUCCCCUGUUUCCAGGGAGUAAUGAGGUUGAUCAGGUGUCCAAGAUUCAUGAUGUUUUAGGCACACCAGAUAGCACAGUCCUCCAGAAGUUCAAACAGUCCCGUGCCAUGCAUUUCAAUUUCCUGCCUCGGGAAGGCACUGGGCUCUCUCAGCUGAUUCCUCAGUGCUCCACGCCUUGUCUGUCUCUGCUCUCCCACAUGCUAGCCUAUGAUCCAGAUGAACGCAUCAGCGCUUGUGCAGCAUUACAGCACCCUUGCUUCAGAGAGCUGCGGCUGGUGGAGAGAAGAGCAGUGGGUCUACACAGGUCUAUGGCAGCAGAGACAGGCAUGCCAAGCUCUGUGGAGCACCUGUGGCGUAUUGCCCGCCAGGGGAGACGACAGCAGCAGCUCAAGCAUGUUGUCAACCCCCUCAGCAGACGUGUUGGACCCCAUUACCCUGUGGAGCUGCCGAAACUUAACGUGGUGGUGCCCACACCUAAAGUCCCCUACCCAGUGUCGAGUUUUCCAGCUCUGGCCGUACCACACAGAGGGUACCUGCCAACCAUCACCUCCAAAAUGUGCCAUUCUCGCUUAACAAAGCCCAGAGAAGAUCCAAAAUGCUCAGCAUUGAAGAGCUACUAUAUGCCUCCUCUGCAGAGGAAAGGAGGUGGCAGCUGAAGUCAAGAUUUGAAAUGUGGAACUGAACUGCUGAACACAUGGACAUUGAGUGCCCAAAAAAUGUAUAACCAUGUUGGAGCAUUAAACUACAAAAUGUUUUACUCACUGGAGAGACAAAUGGGACACAUUCAGUCAUUAAGUGAUUCAACUUUGCCACUGUAAACCCAUGCAAUUUGUAUCUUAAUUUCAAAGAACAUAAACUGAAUCCAGCCAUUUCAUUUUAAACCAAUGGUAUAAAAAGCUACACCUGGAAAGAGAAGCAGUUUCUGAAAGCUAGGGCAGUGAUUAUGCAUAAGAAACACUAUUUAAUUACUGUUUACACCUCAAUUUCUCUGCCACAAAGAUAUUUAUGAUUGGUUAUUUUGAAACAAUGUUACAAACAAUGUAAUGUGAAGAGUUUCAAACACUGAUGGAAAAAAAGGUACUUUUUACACUUUUCAGCCCUCCAUCAGUCUGUAAUUGUAUCUCUCUUAAAUUACUCAAAAUACAAAUAAUGAUAUUCCCAGCUGCUCUGGGAACAUUGCUGGUCAGACAUGUCCAUUUAUUAACAUCUCCAUCUUGUUUUCACUAUGAUUAAUUUUGUUUACUUGAUGUGUUAAAAUUUUUAAACCCACAUUAGGUGUUCAAUUUACUAUUUAGUUACAUGUUGUUACUUUAUAUUAUUGGAAUAAUUACAUGCCAGGGUCUAGAUUGCGGUGGUCACAAAAUUCAAUUUCACUUGAUUCUAUCCAAUAAGGCAACAGGGAUGCAAGAUUAUCUUUUUACUGUGGUAAAAGUACCUCAAAUAAUCCAGUCCUGUGACAAACAGUACAAGAAGGCUGAGUAACUAUUCAUAGAAUCCUUAUCCCAAGACACUAAAUGGGUAGAUCUACCUUAAUUCUAAGGUCCUGUUUCAUUAAUCUUAACAUAUCCUCACCAUCCUAAGAGGUGUUCUAUUUGUCAUCUCUAGUGAAGUUCAUUAGAUGACCAUUUGCAGGGAUGAGGAAUUGAGUCAGCAAUUAUAACUUGUACAGAAAACCUUGUGAUGCAACUCUUUUCCCCUGAACAGCUAAAAAAAAAAAAAAAAAAAAACUGUCAAAAACCAGAUAUCAUUUAAACAGGAUACACUGGGCUUGAACCUCACCCCCCGCCCCCUUCUGAAAGUGGCCACUCGUAACCAUCACCCAUAUCAAACAAGUGCUUGGAAUAAGAAAGUCCUCAUUCUCUUCUGCAUUAGAUCAGGUGCCAUUUACGCCUCUUCAUUGCUUUAAUGAAUGUAGGUCACAAUCACUCCCUUUGGAUCAUUCAUUGUAGAUGUCAGUUGUCAAAGUAUUCAUGUAUUAAUUACUGUGAUGCAGGGCAUGGUCAUCUAUUUAUUAGAAAUAGAUUAUUCAGCAGUCUGCAAUAAUGAAUAAAACUUCAUUACUGGCUACAAAAAUGUCCUUUUUUCAAAAUCUUUAAAUCAUAGACUUCUGUCUGGAAACUGGCCUAA